GUCGUGUGCAGGUCGUGUGUGACGCAAACCCUAAACAUUGAGACAAAAUAAAUGAGUGAACUGGAAACACAUGGGUGCAUGAAGCCGGACAGCUACGCGAUUGUUUAAUUUAUUCAAGUUUGUUGCAACCAGGAUUGCUGAUUCGAAUGUGUGCGGUUUAACGGUCAGAAAAGAGAUGGAUUUUACAGGCAAGAAUAUUUUGGCACCCAUGGUAAAGGCAGGCACACUGCCACUGCGGCUUUUAGCCUUGCGGUACGGUGCCGAUCUAGUGUAUUGCGAGGAAUUGAUCGACUGGAAGUUGCUUCGGUCUGUUAGAAGAGAAAACUCACUGUUAGGAACUGUUGACUUCAUCGACGAGUCAGAUGGGUCUGUUGUCUUUAGAACUUGUUCGAGUGAGACAUCUCGGGUCGUUCUGCAACUGGGCACCUGCAAUGCAGAACGAGCGCUGUUGGUAGCAAAAAAAUUAGAAAAUGAUGUUGCUGCCAUUGACAUCAACAUGGGAUGUCCAAAGGAAUUCUCCAUAAAGGGUGGCAUGGGCGCUGCCUUACUGAGUCAGCCUGAAAAAGUCAGAACUAUCAUUACGACGCUAGUAAAUGGUUGCAAAAUACCCAUCACUGCGAAAAUCCGGCUCCUGCGUGAACACAAAGAAACGCUCGCUUUUUGUAAAAUGCUAGAAGAGUGUGGGGUGUCGGCAAUAGGUAUCCAUGGUAGACUCAAAGAGCAACGACCAAGGCAUGCCAAUGAUAAUGGUGCGAUUGCCGCUGUAGCUAGAGAACUGAAAGUACCUGUAAUAGCCAAUGGUGGAUCGAUGGAAAUAUCGUGUUUUGAAGAUAUCAACAAGUUUCGAGCGGCCUGUGGAGUUUCAAGCGUCAUGCUGGCCAGAGCCGCUCUGUGGAAUGUGUCUAUUUUUCGCAAAGAAGGCAUUUUACCUCUAGAUAAUGUCAUAAUUGAGUACCUGAAAUUAGCUGUGAAAUAUGACGGCACUGUGGGCAACUCCAAGUACUGCGUUCAGUCAAUGCUGAGGGAACUGCAGGAAUCGCCAAGAGGCAAGGCUUUCCUUGCAGCGCAAAGCCUUCAUGCCAUAUGUUCGCUUUGGGACCUAGGAGACUUUUGCAGUAACAUUCAAGAGGAACGGCGAAAGAUGAUUGGAGCAGUCAGUAACGGAAAGGCAGAAACAAUCGAGGGCGAGAGAACGGCAAAGAGACGGAAGCAUGAGCAAGAUGAUACUUCAAGCACAGACAUGGUUACACUACCUUGUAUAUAUCAAAGAGGACUGUAUGUGAAAAAAGAUGCUGAUCUUCCCAAAACAAGGCUUCUCAUGUGGUCCAGGCAGAACAGCUUUGAUCAGCCUGCAUACUCAACUACGCAAGUUGAGAAGCUUUUCCGUGCUGUGCUAGAGGUCAACAACGUCAAAUAUACCUCAAGCUAUUGGGAGAAGAAUAAACGCUUUGCUGAGCAAGGCGCUGCUUUGGUUGCUCUUGUGUCUCUUGGAUUGGAAUCAAAGGAAAAAGCUCUGAAGGAGGGAAGCCUGUUAUCUUCAGACUGACUGGUUCCUUAAUUCCUAAUUAAAAGGUUUUUAUAAAAACUUCU